GAUUCUAAAAUGGAAGUAAGGCUUUAAAACAAAUGACUAUCUCUUUUUUUUUUUUUUUAACAACUUCAUUUCUGACUUAAACCCUGCUCUUAAGAAGGUGACACAUUGGAUAGAACACAGAGCCUGGAAUCAAGAAGACCUGUGCUCAAAUCUGAUUUCAGAUCCUUGCCUGUGGUACCCUGGGCAAAUCACUUAACCUCUGUCUAUUUCCACAACUGUAAAAAUGGGGAUAAUUAUAGCAGCUACCUCCCAGGGUGGUCAUGAGAAUAUUUCUAAAAUGUUUGACUCUUCCUGGCAUGUAGUAGAUGCUUAAUAAAUGCUUGUUCCCCUCUUCCCUCCCACCUUUUCAGCUAAGCAUCCUUGGUAACAAAGAAUAAAAUUAGCAAGCUGACCAGUAUAUUAGUGGAGUCUGAUAGUGUAUGUAAUGUUCAUACUCAUAACCCCUGCCGCCACCACAGAAAAAUAGUCAUUACAAUCACACAGCCUCUGUUUUGGUUUAGGGGGAGAUUUUGUUUGUUGUUCAGAAAGUGACUUUUCCAAGGUCACACAGCAAGUUAAAUGAUGGAAUCAAGACCACAUAAGGAUGCUUGACUCUCGGUCUACUGCUUUUUUCCACUCUAUGUGAUCCAGGACAGAGAGAAGGAAAGAAGGCAAGUAGAGGACCAUAGGUAGAGGACCCCGAUGAAAAAAUGGGCCAGAAAGGGAAAAGAUGGGAAAUGUGGCCGGGUUCUGAAAUAGAGGAGAUAAAGGGGCCAGAAUGGCUGGGGGAGGUUGGACAGGAAGUUGAGGUCAUAAGGUUCACAAGUCCUGCUGCAAUUAUCUCUGGGACAGUCAGGAGGGAUCUUGGGCAGGGGUUGUCUAAGUAGUGAGUGACCUGUGUGGUGAAGGAAGUGGCCAGAAGGGGGAGGGGGAAACUGAAGGAAGCUCUCUCUGGGUGGAGAGUUGACUCAGAGCUGGAGAGGAACCUCUGGGAGCUGGGGCAGAGCGUGUACUAAAAACCUAGAAAUAGAGCUGCAGAAGAGGUUUUCCUGCCUGAAGAGUUCCAUGUUCUUGACGGAUUUAUUCUGGAGAGGAAGGAAGACUGCAGGCCUAAUCACAGUGAGGACUCUGGGAUCGGGCCAUUUCCUCCAGACCAUGCUGUGAUUCCUCUGACCUCAGUGGCUCUGGACCUGCUAGAUGCAAAUGCAGUGACCCACUGGGAGCCAAGUCAGCUCUUCUCACUACCAAUAGCCCGGAAGGAAGGGAGCCUCUCAGGGUAGGGGAUAUGCAAGCAGACUGGGUCUCCAGGAAGCAAUAGAGCCCUCUCUUUCAUCCCGCCUCUCCGCCCUCCCCAGGCUCCCAGAAUGGGCUGUGUGCCCUGUAAAGAGAAGACAGGAUCCGACACCAAGCUCGAGGCCUUCAAUGAGGACAAUGCCCGGGGAGACCAAGGCUCCGGGGACCGUUAUGGCCCCGAUCCCACCACAGGCAUCUCUUCCUUCCCCCACAUCCCCAACAUCAGUAAUGUCUCCCAGCAACCAGUGAGCAUGCCACACUUCCUGAAUUCCAUCCCUGCAAAGCCAGGGGGCCUUGCAGGGGCUGGAGUGACUCUGUUUAUAGCCCUGUAUGGCUAUGAGGCCAGAACGGAGGACGAUCUCACCUUCACAAAAGGAGAAAAAUUCCACAUCCUCAACAACACUGAGGGCGACUGGUGGGAGGCCAGAUCCCUGAGCUCCGGACGUACUGGAUACAUCCCCAGCAACUACGUGGCGCCUGUGAACUCCAUCCAGGCAGAAGAGUGGUACUUCGGGAAGAUAGGUCGGAAGGAUGCUGAAAGGCAGUUGAUGAACCCCAGCAACCUCCAAGGAACCUUCCUUAUCCGAGAAAGCGAGACCACCCCAGGGGCCUAUUCUUUGUCCAUUCGGGACUGGGAUGAGAAAAAGGGGGACCAUGUAAAACAUUACAAGAUCCGGAAACUGGACAAUGGCGGGUAUUACAUCACCACUCGGGCCCAAUUUGAUUCUGUCCAGGAGUUGGUACAGCACUAUACUGAAGUCAACGAUGGACUGUGCCACCUGCUCACAAAGCCAUGUGCCAUCAUGAAACCAGGAACCUUAGGCUUGGGGAAAGAUGCCUGGGAGAUCAGCAGAGACUCCAUUACCCUGGAAAAAAAAUUGGGCAUGGGCUGCUUCGGGGAUGUGUGGAUGGGCACUUGGAAUGGUUCCAUCAAGGUGGCGGUGAAGACACUGAAGCCUGGCACCAUGUCAGCGCCAGCUUUCCUGGAGGAGGCCCAGAUCAUGAAAAGGCUACGUCAUGACAAGCUGGUGCAACUCUAUGCUGUGGUAUCUGAGGAGCCCAUCUACAUCAUCACAGAGUUCAUGAGCCAUGGGAGCCUGCUGGAAUUCCUCAAGGAGGGUGAAGGCCAAGCCCUGAGGCUGCCCCACCUAGUGGACAUGGCGGCUCAGGUGGCUGCAGGUAUGGCCUACAUGGAGCGUAUGAAUUACAUUCACCGGGAUCUCCGGGCAGCCAACAUCCUUGUUGGGGACAGCUUGGUGUGCAAGAUUGCUGACUUUGGACUAGCUCGGCUUAUUGAAGAUAAUGAAUACAACCCCCGUCAAGGUGCCAAGUUUCCUAUCAAGUGGACUGCCCCAGAGGCUGCACUCUUUGGCAGGUUCACCAUCAAGUCUGACGUCUGGUCUUUUGGGAUCCUGCUCACUGAACUCAUCACGAAAGGCCGGAUCCCUUACCCAGGUAUGAAUAACCGAGAGGUACUGGAACAGGUAGAACAGGGAUAUCGCAUGCAGUGCCCACCAGGAUGCCCAUUUUCUCUGUAUGAGAUCAUGGAACAGUCAUGGCGCCAGGUUCCUGAGGAAAGGCCUACUUUUGAAUACCUUCAAUCCUUCCUUGAGGACUACUUCACAUCCUCUGAACCUCAGUACCAACCAGGUGAUGAGUCCUAAGCCCUGCUUCAAGCCACCAGAAUACUGGACACCAUGAAUCCUGACUACUAUGGAACCCUCCUCGUUCCCAGCCCUGGUCCUGACAGCUUCACUUCAGAGUCUGGCUUGAGUGACAGGUCAAGGAUGUCUUCUCUAAUCCCCACCUCUACCCUAGGCACAACCUCACCUAAAAAGACUGACUUGAACUGCCCUAGGGCCUCUACUCCUAACCUCUGAGUUUCACUAUUUUAUCCUUAGUCCUCCCAGGUCUCAGGGUUCAUCCUCUUGAUGCCUCAGACCCCUCUGCUUUGACAUUACUAUUUAUAAAUCCUCAGGAGACAGCUGGGUGGCUCAGUAGAUUGAGAGCCAGACCUAGAGAUAGGAGGUCCUUAGUUUCAAAUCUGGCCUCACAUACUUCCCAGCUGUGUGACCCUGGGCAAGUCACUUCACCCCCAUUGACUAGCCCUUACUGCUCUCCUACCUUGGAACCAAUACACAGGAUUGAUUCUGAGGUGGAAGAUAAGGGUUAAAAAAAUUAUAAAGCCAUUCUCCCUCUCUUAUCUGAACCCCAGCAACCCUCUCCAUCCACCCACAAGUCCCUUUCUCAUUUGUCCUUCCUGCUGUGGCUUCCCAUCUCUGUCUCCUCCAGACUCUUUGCCUCUCUGCUGCUGUACCUCAAGCUGGGGGUGGGGGAGAGAAGGACCCUGCUUGUCUACUCUUGGGAGCCUGUGUGUUUGUGGGUUGUUUAUUUUUUAAUCAUUUCUGUAAAUAAAGAAAAGGUUAUCUCCAAAGUGAGAUGCCCUGUAGUUAGGGAGUGGCAAUCAGUGGAAGGGAAUGGGAAUUUCGGAGCAGACCAGCUAUAGCCCCUAGGACUGGAGCAGAACAUGUGGGUGGAGGGAAAGGUUAGUGGGAAACCAGGGCCUUGUCCCCAUCCAUGGUUAGGCUGGGGCAAGUUACAUCAGCAUUCAGUCUUGUCACAUCCAUAUGAAUCCAGUAACCAGGAUUCUGUCUCCAGCCAUCCAGUCAGUCCCAGAAUAAAAGACUUGGGUGUGAGCUGUCCUUGGUUGGGGAAGGGUUGGGGAGCAGAGCAGAGCUCCCAUUUAUUUCUCUGGAACUUAUAGUUUUCAGCAAGUGAGGGACAGCACCCAGUUCUGGGAGGUGGCUAUUAGAAGUCCUGUUAUCAUGGAUUCCAUGUGCUUUGCUUAGAAACUGAAGCUCAGAGAUAGGAAGGGAUUUGCCCAAGGUCAACAGAGCUAUCAGAGCUGGGUAUUCAAUCAUGGUCCUCUUACUCUGGAGCCCAGUGGGCUUCUCACUAGGUCCAACUGCCUCUCACAGGUCACACUGGCCAUCUAAUUUCAGGGCACACCAUAACAGUGACUGAUUCCUAGGGAAUGGCACCAAUAGGAUGCGACUGUUUCCAACCCUGAGCCAGGGGGAGUCCCUUGAGGGUUGAGAAGGAGAGGGAAUGAGGGAUCAGUGGAAGGCUUAAGGCUUGCUAGGAUCUGUCCUAGGUGCUGGCUCCCAAGAAUAAAGGUAGUCCCCACCCUCCAGGCAUUUAUAUUUUGUUGAGGUGGAAGGGGAAGGGAAACAACUAGAACAUAGGGGGAGUGGGCUGAGGGAAUCAGAGGGCCCAGGGGUGUCCGUGGAAUUGGAUUGGAGAAUUGUUGGAAAGACCAGUGGGAGGGGUACUAAAAGUGGUUUAAGUAGCCAGUGGGAGGGAGUUUAGCAGUUAGUGGAAGUGGCCUGGAAGGGGGGCGGGGGGUCAGUGAAAUCAGAUGAUGGAACUUUAGGAUGGAGAAGUCAGUGGGAAGGGGUUAUAGAGCAAUGGGAGCAGAUUUGAGGAUCAGUGGAGAUAAACUUGGAAAACCAACAAGAGAGUAUUGGAUGUCAGUGAAAAAGAGUUAGGGGGGCACAGCUGGGUGGCUCCAUGGGUUAAGAGCCAGGCCCAAAGAUGGGAGAUCCUGGGUUCAAAUCUGACCUCAGACACCUAGCUGGGUGACCCUGGGCAAGUCACUUAACCCCCAUUGUCUAGCCCUUACCACUCUUCUGCCUUAGAACCAAUACCCAAUAUUGAUGGAAGAUAAGGGUUUAAAAAAUAUAAAGUUAGGGAUUUUAGUGGGCGUUGCUGGUAGACAACAAUGGAAGUGAUUUGAGAGGUCAGUGAGGGGCUUGUGGGGCUCCAUGGGAGCAAGUUGAGGAGCUCAAGAGGAAUGGGUUGGAGAGGCCAAUGGAAGUAAGUUAGGGAGUCAGGGAGAGGGAUCGAGGGUGAGGGGUUUGUGGGAGCAGGUUGGGGACGAUAAGAGUAUAUUUUCAGUGAGAAAUAUUUGGAGAGGUCAAUGGGAGGGGUGGAUCAUCAGUGUCAGGGAGUUGGGGCAGGAGAAGAUCAAUGACGCAGCUCCUCCAGAGUCUGUCUUUGGUCUCUGAGUCCUGCCAGACAGGAAGCUUAUUGUGAAGGCAGGAGGAGGAUCACUCUGGAUUGAUCCUGGUGCCUCCUGACCUGUCUCUGAGCCAGGUGCUCGCCAUUCUUGGUCCCAAGAGCUUUCAAGAGAGGGAGGCAGGCAUCUUACUCUCUUUCACAUCAGGUAUUUCUGGUUUUCUUUGGGGGUUGGUUUUGUAGGAGUGUCCUCUUACAGUGAGGACCAGUAUGGAAGUGGGUCUUACAUGAUAAUAAAAAUAAAAGAUGGAGAA